AUGGAUAUCGAUGAAGUACAAUAUUUAUCUGAAAAUGAACUUAUUUCAGUUGUACCUAAUUUUAAACAUCCUGAAAUUCAUUUAAUACGUGGAUCUGUUGGUCCAUUUUUACCUUUAGUUCCAUUACAAGUUCCUAUGUGGAUGGCAAUUCAUUUAAAAGAAAGUCACCGUUGUCGAUUUGUUUGUCCAGAAUGGUUAACACUUGAUUCAGUACAAGAAUUACUUAAACAAGAACAACAACAAGAUACAUUUACACCAAUGCCAAAUCCAUAUGUAUUUAUAUUAACACAAACUAUAAUGAAUGUUGCUUUAGAAGAUAUUCCAAAUGGUGAUCAAAUUCGUUUAUUAAUGAAAGAUUUAUGGGAUUCACGUUUAGCAAAAUUACGUUCAUCUAUUGGUAAUUUAGCACGUAGUGGUGCACUUUAUGCUAAAGUAACACAUUUAACACAAGUUGAAAUAUGUUUAAUAAGAAAUUUUCUUAAAACAUCAUUGAAACAUAUUGCACAAUUACAAGAUGCUAUAGUAGAAGAAUAA